UUGUUAGAGUGUAAUUGUAUAUCGAUUAAGUUCAUUAAAUGGAUGACAACCACAAAUGUACGUUUCAAGAAUAUAAAAAAAGUAUAAGUGCAUGUUAUGGAAUCGAACAAUCGUUGCACUUCAUAAUCCAAUGGAAACUUACAAUGUAUUAAAGAAACAUUGCGCAUCAUAUGAAAAUUUAGAAUUAGCCUUAGGUUUUGGAAUUUUACUAUUCCUUAUAAUUAUUGUGGGAGCAGUCGUUUACAGAUUCCGGUGGAAACUUCGUUACUUAUAUUAUAUUGUAAAAGUAAAGUAUAGCAGCUUACAUUCGGAAACUGAGGAAGAAUAUUCUUACAUGUAUGGAGCAUUCGUAUCUUAUGCUGAUGAAGAUCGAAUAUUUGUUCACAAUACUCUUCUGCAAAAAUUGGAAGUUGAAAACGGAAUUCAAUUAUGCUUACACAAGAGAAAUUUCCUGCCCGGAAAUGACAUUGCUACAAAUAUCGCAUCUGCGAUUCAUAACAGUCGCAAAACUUUAGUGAUAAUGUCUCAUAACUUUUUAAAAUCAUACUGGUGCAUGUUCGAAUAUAAUAUGGCUCGAAUGGAAAACGUAUACGAACGACGAGACGAAAACGUUGUUUUCUUAAUGUUUUAUGAACAAAUGUCUCCUCGGGACCUUCCAUUGAAUGUGCUUGAGAUGAUUCAAUCUAAGUCUUAUAUAGAAUAUCCAAAUGAUGAAUAUGGAGAUACCGUUUUCUGGGACCAGCUAGUGAAUGCCUUAAAAUAAAAUAUAGUAGACGGAAUAUAUUGAUUUAUUGAAAUCGUGUUAGCUUGUUCUAUAAUUAAAAGCCAACCUCUGUUAUGGCGUGAUCAACUGAUCUAUGAAAAAGAUAGAGCUACAGUUAAGAGAAUAAGCCUAGCUGUACAAAUGCAUGUCUUACAAUUUGAACAAUUUUGAGCUGUUUACUACCUGUAAUUAAAUGCACUUUGAAUAAUUGCUGAGCUG